GGAAUUUUAAGAGAGUCGAGACGGCCUUUCCGUUUCCAGAUCUGUUGUUGUAGAAGAGACUUCUAUUUCAGGGAGGUCAGACCUCCCAGUGAUGUCCAGCUACUGUUUGAGCAGUACUCCGAAAAUGGCACGAUGACCAUCGAGCACUUACGGAGAUUUCUUGUUGAAUACCAAAAGUUAAAGGAUGCGACCAGAGAGGAUGCAAUGUCAAUCUUACACAGCCUUAGGCAUCAUAUCAUGUAUAGGAAGGAACUGAAUGUUGACCACUUCUUCCGGUAUCUCCUCAGUGAUUAUAACCCUCCGAUGGCACCAUCACUUGGGGUGCACCAUGACAUGAAUGCUCCCCUUGCUCAUUACUAUAUGUAUACAGGCCACAACUCCUACUUAACUGGGAAUCAGCUAAGCAGCGACAGCAGCUCUGAACCGAUCAUUAAGGCUCUAAAGAAAGGUGUAAGAGUAAUCGAAUUGGAUCUGUGGCCAGAUUCCAGAGGAAACAAAGUAAAAGUCUCUCAUGGAAAUACACUCACUUCUCCGGUCGAUCUCAACAGAUGUCUAAGUGCCACCAGGGAUUAUGCUUUUAUUGCAUCUGAGUUCCCCGUCGUGAUAACCUUUGAAGACCAUCGUCCACGUCUUCAAGCUAAGGUGGCCAAGAUGGUCACGAAGACCUUUGAAUCGAAGCUGCAUCAACCAGGUACAGACCAACUAGCAGAAUUCCCAUCACCAGAAUCACUUAAAAAGAAGAUCCUGAUUUCAACAAAACCUCCAAAAGAGUACCUUGAACGUCAGAGCAGCAUGGAAAAAGAAUACGACAGCGCACAGGUGAAACAAAAUCUGCAAUACUUAUGUCAUGUAGGAAAUUUUACGCCUAGAAUAAAUGGAGGUCUAAUUACUGUUUACUAGUCCUAGGAGCUUUCAGACAAAGAAGGUAGCGACCAGGACAAAGAAGAGAAGAAUGUAUUCCCCGAGUACAAGCAUCUCAUUGCCAUCCACGCUGGAAAGCCAAAGGGCAGACUCACGAAUAGUCUAAGGAUUGAUACGAGUAAAGUUCGACGCCUUAGCUUGAGUGAACAAGAGCUUGAGGAGAUAUCACAGAAACAUGGACAAGAUCUUGUGAGGUUCACUCAAAAGAAUCUGUUGAAGAUAUACCCUAAGUGUACUCGUUUCGAUUCGUCCAAUUACGAUCCUCUGCUCGGGUGGAUGCACGGAGCUCAAAUGGCUGCAUUUAACAUGCAGGGAUAUGGGAAGUAUCUGUGGAUUAUGGAAGGAAUGUUCAAAGCCAAUGGUCGGUGCAGUUACGUCAAAAAACCGGAUUUUCUAUUGGAUAAAGACCAUAUUUUCAAUCCUGCAAAGCCAUUACCGGUUAAGACGAACUUGAAGGUGACAGUGUACUUGGGAGAAGGGUGGCAUCUGGAUUUCAAAGCAACUCAUUUCAAUCAAUUCUCGCCACCUGAUUUCUUCGUGAGGGUUGGAAUUGCAGGAGUUCCGGAUGAUACAGUCAUGAAGAAGACCAGAGCAAUUGAGGAUGACUGGACACCGGUGUGGAACCAGGAGUUCGAGUUCCCGCUCAGGGUUCCCGAGCUGGCCAUCCUCAGGAUCGAGGUCCUAGAGUUCGACACAACCAGACACCACGACUUUGGCGGUCAGAUGUGCGUGCCCUUGUCGGAGCUGAGAACAGGGAUCAGAGCAGUUCCUUUGCACAGCCGUAAGGGGAUAAAAUACCCAUCGGUGAAGCUGCUUAUGCGGUUCGAAUUCGAGGAACCUGAUUCUGAAACGGAAAAUGACGGUUGAUCAGACGUUCUUGUUGGUAACUGUUAGCCAGGAAAGGCUCCCUUGACGAAUAUCUUUCACUGAAGGGGCAAAGCUUCAACUUUGUUAUUUGAAAUGGGUUCUGCGUCAUUUCGGAAAGGAAGCAACUUGUCUCUAAAACAUGGGCAAAUGAAAUACAAGAAAACAUGAGAAAAUUAA